GCUACCCCGGGACGCCACUCCCGCCGCAGCGAUGGGUGGACGCGGUCGAGGCCGAGGUCGCGGGGCCUCCAUGUCGUUCAACGUCGAGCAGCUGGGUUUCGGACGCGGCGAGGCCCUGCCGCAGGCCGCUCUCGCUCCGCCUCCCAUUUUCCCGCCGCUGAACACUAAGCCGCUGCCGCUGGUGGCUGACGUCCAGCACGACUACAUGCUCGUCAUCAAGAAGGAGCUCUCCAUGUUCUGGCGCGACUCGCCGUUCUACAUCACGCCCCCGGCGGUGCGCGGCUGCAUAGAGCGCUACUCGGACCGUUAUCAGGAACAGGCCGCCGGUGGUCCCCAGACGGACCGACACACCGACAUCUCGCGGAUACCAGGUGAACUUAAACUGUCCGCUACGACCGUUCGCAAACGCAGACGUGACAAGCCGGGCGUAGCGCCGACCGCGGCCAAGACGGCUCGCGGCGGUAAGGAUGUGACUGAGAAGUUGGACCAGCUGGAGAAGCGAGAGAAGCUGGGGGACCCUGAGGAGCAGAAGGAGGACAAGGAGGGCGCCGUGGACUCGGGUGAGGAGGAAGUGGGCGAGACGGAGGAUGUGGAACUGGACGAGGGUACCGACUAUAUCAAUGACUAUUUUGAUAAUGGCGAGGAUUACCUGGAAGCGGAGGACGAUGCGUUGGAGGAGGGGCCGAUCUUUUGAUGCACUGCUGUGAUAUGUCCAGGAUUUUUUAGGGUCGGCCCCCUUUCUGGAUACCAGUCUCAACUAUGCGGCCACGUUGCGAUGUUCCAGUUAUCGGCGAAGAUGACAUAAAAAGGUUUGAAUUCGUGUUGAGAAUGUUACAACGUCUUUGUAACCAGCAUGUGAGCCUAACUGGUUUACCCCCUAAGUCAACGUGCUGCAGUACGGCGUUUAUUGCUCUUCGGGGCGCAGCAGUGUGGUGCGUAUGUGUUGCUGGAAAACAUGACUGGCGCAGUGUACUGGUGAGAGCUGUAAGGAACGAUGUGACUGAUAUCAGCUGCUUUGUUUAUUUAUUUUGAAUGGUGCGGAGGAUGCGGUUUCUGUGCGCGAUACGCACAGGGGCUUGCGGAUGUGUGCACAAAAUUGAGAAAAUUACGUCAGCGGUGACCGUUGAAGAAUAAUUGUUAUGCAAUUAUUCUGUUGAGCUUUCGAUGUGAGUAAUUUGCUUUGUAUUUACCCACAACUGAAUUGUUGCGUCCUUCUCUACUCACUCUUUUGAUUAUGACUGUGGUUACCGUCGUCUUCUGGAUGCCUGCGUAGGCGGACGAUGAAGGGCUCGGCGAAAAAUGCCCGGAUAACAAUAUACCUGGCACUUGUU